AUGCCUGGUAUCGACCCGAACAUCAUAUGUCACCGACUCCACGUCAACCCUGCCUGCAAACCAGUGGCGCAGAAGAGGCGCAACUUCGCACCCGAGCGGGUCGCCAUCAUCGAAGCCGAGAUUGAUAAACUCCUAGCCGCCGGCUUCAUUGAAGAGGUCUCCUACUCGGAGUGGCUCGCUAAUGUUGUUCUAGUGGCAAAACAAGAGAAGGGAAAGUGGAGAGUCUGCGUCGAUUACACCGACCUCAACAAAGCGUGCCCAAAAGACAACUUUCCAUUGCCAAGAAUCGACCAACUAGUGGAUUCCACUUCUGGCAAUCAGCUACUCAGCUUCAUGGACGCCUACUCCGGCUACAACCAAAUCUUGAUGCACGAGGAUGACAAGGCGAAAACUUCUUUCAUCAUCGAGAGAGGGACCUACUGCUACAAGGUCAUGCCUUUUGGGCUGAAAAACGCCGGAGCAACCUACCAAAGACUGGUGAACAAAAUCUUCAAGGAGCAGAUCGGCAAAACUAUGGAGGUGUACGUGGACGACAUGCUGGUCAAGGCCCCAAAACGUGCAGAUCACCUCAAAAACCUCGCUGAGGCAUUCAGCCUGCUCCGCCAGUAUCGCAUGAAGUUGAACCCAAGUAAAUGCACAUUUGGUGUAUCCUCCGGCCGAUUCUUGGGAUACUUAGUCACACAACGAGGUAUCGAGGCACACCCACGUCAGAUCAAAGCUAUUCUAGAGAUGAAGUCGCCUUCCACAGUGAAGGAAAUACAAAGUCUGACGGACAGAGCAGCGGCCCUCAAUCGGUUCCUCUCAAGAUCAACCGACAAGUGCAAACCAUUCUUCAAAGCUUUGAAGAAAGGACAAAGAGACAAAUGGGAUGAGGAGUGCGAAGUAGCUUUCCAGAGUCUCAAGGCUUAUCUCACUUCACCUCCCCUGCUUUCAAAGCCAGUCCCUGGUGAGGACUUGUUCGUGUACCUGGUAGUGUCCAACUCAGCUGUCAGCUCAGCUCUCAUCAGAGAAGAGCUGGGGGCCCAACAUCCGGAGUUGUUGAAGGCGUUUCCUACCUUCACCAUCCAACAAGUACCCCGGGCAGAGAACGCACGUGCAGAUGCACUAGCCAGUCUAGGGUCAGCGUUGGAUACCCAGUUCAGAUGCUCCAUCCCAGUCGAACACCUUGACUGGCCAAGCAUUGAAGAGGUAGAACCAAUCGACACCAUGCGAAUUGACGAGGACCCCAGCUGGCAAGACCCCAUCAUUGACUACUUAGUGAAUGGAAACCUACCCGCGGACAAGUCCGAGGCUAGGAAGGUCCAGCAGAAGGCCGCGAGAUACUACAUGCACGACAACAAGCUCAUCCGCAUAUCAUACUCCGGCCCUCACCUUACCUGCAUAAAAUACCCUCAAACACUUGAGGUCCUCUGCAAAAUUCACGACGGCGAGUGUGGCAACCACUCUGGGGGCAGGUCACUCGCCCAGAAGGCCCUAAACAUAGGCUACUUCUGGCCUACCAUGCGCCACGACUCCGCUGAAUAUGUCAAAAAGUGUGAUCGUUGCCAGCGAUACAAGCCGAUCCCUAAUUUGCCUGCCGAAGUUUAUCAUCCGCAAAACAGUCCAUGGCCAUUCAUGCAAUGGGCCAUCGACUUAGUGGGUCCCUUGCCACCGGCGCCCGCCAAGAAAGAAAUGAUGAUCGUCGCCACCGACUACUUCACUAAAUGGAUUGAGGCCGAAGCUCUAUCCUCUACUAAAGAAGCCGAUGUGGAGCGAUUCAUCUGGAGAAACAUCAUAUGCCGAUUUGCCUGCCCACAAUCGCUGGUCACUGAUAAUGGCUCACAGUUCAUUGGCAAGCAUAUCACCGCCUUCUUUGCGAAAUACAAGAUCAAACAACACCUGUCAACUCCGAGGUAUCCACAAGGAAAUGGGCAGGCCGAGGCAUCCAACAAAGUCAUAUUGGACUGCUUGAAGAAGAGGCUGGAAGGCGCCGAAGGAAAAUGGGUGGAUGAACUCCCCGAAGUACUAUGGGCUUAUCGCACCACCAAGCGAAGGUCAACUGGUGAAACCCCAUUCUCCCUUGCCUAUGGGACGGAAGCAAUCAUCCCUCCUCACAUCACAGUCCCCUCUAUAAACCUCGAGGUGGGCAGUGUUGACCAGAACUCCAAGCAAAUGAGGCUCAACCUUGACCUACUUGAGGGCGAACGUGAGAAGACCAUUAUUCGAGUCGCCUCCUACCAGCAGCAGUUGAAGUCUUACUACGACAAAAGAGCUAAGGUCAGACAGUUUCAACCAGGCGACCUCGUGCUAAGAAAGGCUUUCAUCACCGCACCAAGACAAGGGUCGAAAAAGAUGAAUCCCAACUGGGAAGGCCCUUAUGUGAUCAGCCGGUCCGGGGGCAGAGGAAGCUACACAUUGGACACCAUGGAUGGGAAGCAAAUACCACGACAAUGGAAUCGUCCUAAGGGAGACGCAGGGCGACGACCAAAGCGUCCUUCGGGAGACGCAGCCCGUAAAAAGCGUCCUAAGGGAGACGCAGGGUGCGCCAGGAAUUUCUUAAAAGGAGGUCUCCAUGCCUUCUGCGGGAAGUAUCCAGGUUCCUAUCCGUUUCCUAAGGGAGGCAGGAUAGACACGCAGUUGCCCAUAAGCAGCGUCCUAAGGGAGACGCAGGGCGACGACCAAAGCGUCCUUCGGGAGACGCAGCCCGUAAAAAGCGUCCUAAGGGAGACGCAGGUUGCGCCAGGAAUUUCUUAA